GGGCGGGGCUGCCGGGAGUCGGGGUGCCGCCGGCUGCACUUCUGUGUGUCUUUCAGGAAGCCACAGGACAGGGGGCGUCUGUGCGGAGAAGCGGGGGUGGUGAGUAGCAGGCAGGCCCAGCUUGUGUACCAGCCCAGUGACAUAUAUAGAAACAUAAAUCAGGCUAGAGCCGGCGCGCCCCGGGCGCGCACGUGUGUAUGGACCCGCAGGCAUGUCUGUACACGGGGUGGGCACCUGUCUUGUGAGGGGCUCCGGGCGUGGCUGCUCCUCGGACUUUCAGUUUUUUGUAAGAUUCAUCUCUUAGGGGCCUACCUUCCCCCAUCUCCAGAGGAAAACGUAAGAAGUUUAACAGAGCUGGGACUGAGCAGAUUAAGGGAGUGGAGCCGAGGCUGGGCCGGAGAGAGUGGGAACUGCGGGUGCUAGUGGGUAGGGAUCCAUCUGUUUGCCCCGUCUCCCAGCAAGAGAGGCAUUUUGGAAAUACUGGCGUGGCAAGCGUCGCCCUGAAACGUCCACAGAGCCCGAGAAGUGAUGAUCACUGAGUGAGUGGCACUGGGCUGAGACUGGCCAGUUUGUUAACGACAGGGAUGCUAGCAGUUAGGAAGGCUAGGAGGAAACUCAGGAUGGGGACCAUCUGCUCCCCCAACCCCAGCGGGACAAAGACAUCAUCGGAGGUCUGCAAUGCCGACUGGAUGGCCUCGCUCCCCCCUCACCUCCACAACCUCCCCAUUUCCAAUCUGGCAAUCCCAGGCUCACAUGAUUCAUUCAGCUACUGGGUGGAUGAAAAGUCCCCAGUGGGGCCUGACCAAACCCUAGCUAUCAAACGCCUCGCCAGGAUCUCCUUGGUGAAGAAGCUAAUGAAGAAGUGGUCUGUAACUCAGAACCUGACAUUUCGGGAACAGCUGGAAGCUGGGAUCCGCUACUUUGACCUGCGUGUGUCUUCCAAACCUGGGGAUGCUGACCAGGAGAUCUACUUCAUCCAUGGGCUUUUUGGCAUCAAGGUCUGGGAUGGGCUGAUGGAAAUUGACUCAUUUCUUACACAGCACCCCCAAGAGAUUAUCUUCCUGGAUUUCAACCACUUCUACGCCAUGGAUGAGUCCCAUCACAAAUGCCUGGUUCUCCGGAUCCAGGAGGCCUUUGGAAACAAGCUGUGUUCAGCCUGCAGUGUGGAAAGUUUGACGCUGCGAACUCUGUGGGAGAAGAAGUGCCAGGUUCUUAUUUUCUACCACUGUCCCUUCUACAAGCAAUACCCCUUCCUGUGGCCAGGAAAGAAAAUUCCGGCGCCCUGGGCAAACACCACAAGUGUGCACAAACUAAUCCUCUUCUUGGAGACCACUCUGAGUGAGCGGGUCCCACGGGGCUCCUUCCACGUCUCCCAAGCGAUCCUCACCCCCAGAGUGAAGACCAUCGCCCGGGGCUUGGUUGGGGGCCUCAAGAACACGCUGGUUCAUAGGAAUCUUCCUGCCAUCCUGGACUGGGUGAAAACUCAGAAGCCUGGAGCCAUGGGUGUCAACAUCAUCACGUCUGACUUCGUGGACCUGGUGGACUUUGCUGCGACUGUCAUCAAGUUGAAUGACCUCUUACAGGAGGACACAGCUCUGGCUAAAUGCUGAAAUGGCUGCCAGGUAGAGCACCUGCAUCAUUUUGACAAAGUCCUCUUUGGAGUGGGGUCUUCAAGCCUGAUCUUGGAAUUGCAUUUUAUUCUUGUCUGCCUAGGACUCAGGUCUGCGCUGUGGGACACAACGCUAAGUGGAAGGCACCUUAUCCAUGGCACCAUGGAAGCAGGCACAGGAUGCAUGGGAAAGUGCAAUGGCAUUAAAGGAGGAAGCUCCAAGUGGGUUUGGAGCCAUUCUGUAACUCCUUGUAAACAAGACUACCUCGGGGACAUUUAGGAUGACUCGUGUGUCACCAAGUGAGAAAUACCUAGUGUUGGAACAUUUCCAGUCCUUCUCUCGAUGGUUCUGCUUCCUGCAGGUUGUUUGGAGCCUACCAGUCACCACUGCAUGAGGGCUUUGAAACUCAAGAGGGGAUUUUUUUUUAAUUGGUAAGAGGUGCUUAUCUAUAAAGAGCCCUCUCGUGUUUUGAUCAACUUAUUUAUUUAUUUAUUUAUUUAUUUAUCAGUUAAGUAUCUCCCGUGCUUCUUACAUCAAGAGCACUCACACAGGCGCUUACCGAACUUUUCUCACCCAGGACAGAUGCUGCUAUGGUCUUUCUGUCCUCAAUAGGAACACGCAUCUCAGGGCUAUGAGUGACCCCUGACUCUGCUGUUCAUGUCCUGGCUCCCCAGUCCCCCUGGGGACAGUGUACAUGUGUGGAUGUGGUCCAGAGCUGAGAAGUCACUACCAAGCCAUGCCCGUGAAUGAAGAUGAAAUGGGCCAUGAAGGCCCCUGUUAGUUCAUAGGUAGACCCUCCGGAAGAGUGUCCAUAAGGAAGGACCUAGAAAGAAAACUAGGCAUGGAAGUGUGUGCACUUUGAUGCUCCUCUGCACCACCUGAGAAUCCCUAAGGAAGUGACAGCUUAUGGGUUCUUAAGGAGGAAAUAUAAACAUGGAGUCCCGAAUGGAUGUAUGCAUUUAUAAUGACUGUCAGACUCUUCUUCCAACUUUCCUGUUUCUGUCCUUUGAUGCCCAUGGAUGGAUUUCACAUGUUGCGUUGCAGAGAGGGGUGUCCUAGAUGACCUACUGAAAGCACAUGCACACCCCCAACUUUGUCUUCCAGCCUAUACUUUCUGUAAAGUAAUGUAAGUCCUGGCUUUUAGCUUCCACACCUUGAGGAAGUCAUUAUAGAAAUGGCUCCAGGAAAAU